AUGAGCAUGAAAAAGUUUAUGAAUAAAAUCUCGAAUAUGUUUGAUGACUAUUCUCACCAAUCCAAACAAUUACCAAGCCACCACCAAAUUCCACAAAAUCAACAAUCAAUGAAUUACAAUUCUCCAAACCCUGGAGUUUAUAAUAUCCCAAAUCAACAACAUCCACAAUAUCAACAACAACAACAACAACAUCAUCAGCAACAACAACAACAACAACAAUAUCAAUACCAAAACCAAAGCCAACCUCCUCCAUAUGGCAAUAGUUACCAAAAUAUGAACAAAAACUCACCCCAACCAGGUGUUUAUAAUAAUAAUAAUAGUAAUUCUCCAAAACAACAGCAACAACAAUUCUGUUAUCCUCCCCCACCACCAACAUCUUCACAUUCACAACAAUUUACAAACUAUUCUAAUCAUCAAGGAUUACCAUUACCACCACCUCCAUUAUCACCACCAAUUAAUAAUAUAACAAAUAAUUAUCAUAAUUAUCAUCACCACCAUCAUCAUUAUGAUAACAAUAAUAACAAUAAUAAUAAUGGUAAUUAUCAAAUAAACCCAUCACAACCAAUAUCACCAUUACAACAAACAAAUAAAUUAUCACCAACAAUUACUGGUUCAGGUUCAAUUUCAAGAUAUUCACCACCAAAUUCAAGAAAUAGUAAUAAUAAUUAUCAACAACCAAAACAAGCUGUUAAUCCAAUUCCAGGUGCAUAUGGUGAUGGUAUUCAUGAUGAUACUCAAGCAGUUUUAAAUUAUUUUAAUACCUUUCCAACCAAUGUUAUUAAUAUACCACCUGGUAAUUAUUUAAUAACUGCUCCAUUGAUCAUUAAAAAGAAUAAUAUUCAAUUAAUGGGUUCACCAAAUGUAAAGUUUUUAACUAAUUUCCCAAUUUGGUUAACACCACCACUUUCCGAAGGUUUUAUUAAUACAGAAGAGUAUGUAUUCGUAUUGACUGGUGAUAACAUUGUACUGGACUCAAUUAAUUGUUCAUGUAUAACUGCUGGUAGUUUAUCAUCAUCAUUUUUAUAUCUCUGUGGUAACGGUUUCAUAAUGAGAAAUUGUAUCAUUGAUAAUUUCAAUCAAGGUGUUGUAUUUGGUAUACUAAAUGAUUGCAGUGGUAAAAUUCCACCUGGUAGUCAUUUCACAAAUAUCAAAAUCACAGCAAACCAAAUCACAAAUGUAAUGGGUAUUGCAGGUGGUAGUAUAUGUUACGGCGAUGGUAUUUCCUUUUUUGGUUGUUCAAAUGUAGUAAUCUCAAAUAAUUUCGUAUCGGCAAAGGAUGGAUUCACACCUAGAAAUGGUAUAAACAGUGGUCCUGAAGGUUUCCUACCCUCUACAAACGUUCAAGUCAUUAAUAAUACAAUUCGUGGUGAUUGGGAUUAUUCGUUAACCACUGAGGGUGGCAAUCAAUGUACAGUUAGUAAUAAUGAUAUCCAAGGUAGUUGUAUUUGUGGUAUCAUUGAAAGAGGUACCGGUAUUAAAGUUUCAAAUAAUACAAUUCAUAUCAUUGGAAGAGAGAAAGAAGGUCAAACUGAACCAACCGGAAUUCAAUUUUAUGGUGUAGACAAUGGUGAAAUCUCAAAUAACUCCAUCAUGGGUAGUGCUAAAUAUGCCAUUCUAAUUAAACCAUCACAUGAAAGUGGAGGUGCUUCAAACUCUGUAGUUGAGAACAAUACCAUCGAUGGCGAAUUCUAUAAUUGUAUAUUUAUGUCAAAUGCAAAUCAAGCUAAAAUCCAUGGAAAUGUAGUUAUGGGUAAAAGUGAUGUUGACUCUUGUGUUGGUCUUCAAGUAUGGUAUUCCAAUGGUUUAGAUAUUCAAGGUAAUAAUAUAGAUUUACCAUCAGGUACAGCUUGUAUUUGUUCAGGUGCUAAAAAUGUAAAUGUCCUCUCAAAUACUAUGAUGACUUCAAGAGCUGGCUUUUAUAUUUGUCAAGGUAGUGAUGAUAUUUGUAUAGAAAAUAAUGAUUUAAUUGGUGUUACUCAAACUAAAUUUGAUCAAUCGUCCGAUAAUAAAUCUGUUACAACUAGUCAAAAUUAUGGUUUAGAUUACAAUCCACCAUCAAAUAAUUAUAAUAAUUAA